AUGUCCUCGUCGGGGACUCCCACGUCCGGCGCUGAGCAGUCGCGCCCGUUCCCGACAGACCCGUCCACAUUCGAAAGUGACCCGCGCAUUUCCUUCUCGAAGCUUGACGAUAAAUACAUCUUGGAGACGACGGAUGGACAGGAGUUUCAAUAUGAUAAUGUACUGAAGCGAUGGGUCCAGGCAGCUGUCGAUGAAGAGCUGAUUCGCCAGCAACAAGAAGCCUAUAAGGUCGAGGGCGUGGACGAGGAGGAGGCCAUUCACCCGCGCGACAGGAAGAAGCGGAAAAACCAAGCGGGCGAUGAGAAAGAUGGACAGAAACCGAAAAAACAACGAGUCAACACCGCGGUGUUUGUUACCUCACUUCCCCUCGACGUGGAUGCUGAAGAGGUUCGGGAUGUUUUCUCCAAGUGCGGUGUGAUCGCAGAGGAAAUCGACAGCGGCCGCCCUCGAAUCAAAAUGUACAAUAAUGAGAAUGGCGAUUUCAAGGGCGAAGCGCUCGUGGUUUAUUUUCGUCCAGAGUCUGUCAACCUGGCAAUCCAGAUGCUCGACGAGACUGAAUUUCGCCUGGGCCAGCCUGGCCCACUGGGGCCUAUGAGGGUGCAAGCUGCCGAUUUUUCAUUCAAGAGCGAGAAGGAUGCGCCACCUAAGACCAGCAUGCGCGACAAGAAGAAGAUCAUUCAGCGGACACAAAAGUUGAACAGCAAAUUGGCCGAUUGGGAUGAUGACGACCCUUCUACCCUCCCAGAAACCAACACUCGAUUUGAGAAGAUUGUCAUUUUAAAGCACAUGUUUACUCUGAAGGAAUUAGAGGAUGAUCCUGCAGCCAUUUUGGAUAUCAAAGAGGACAUUCGCGAAGAAUGCUCCAAAAUCGGCGAGGUGACCAACGUGGUACUCUACGAUCAGGAGAUAGAUGGAGUAGUGAGCGUUCGCUUUGCUGACCCUAGUGCUGCCCGGCAGUGUGUAAAGGUCAUGGAUGGGCGAUACUUCGGUGGCACCCGCGUUGAGGCAUAUGUCUCCCAGGAGCGUGAGAAAUUUAAGAAGACCAAUGCAAGACGGGCAGCUCUGGAAGAUAUGGCCGAGCGGGGCCUUGAUGCAUCAGACGAGGAAGAGGAGCGGCGAUUGGAUGAGUUUGGCUCAUGGCUAGAGCGCUCUGAGGCGGGCAAGGAUGGUGCCCAAUAG